AGCUUGAAACGAUAUGAAAAUUUAGUUAAUCUUAAUAUAUAUAUCAAAUAUAUUAAAUGCAGUAAGCUAAAAUUAUUUACAUUAAAAUUUAGUCAUACAUUUGAAUGCAUUUGAUUUUUCGGGUAAGAAAAAAUCGCGGGGAACUGUUAUGCAUUAUUUACUCAUAACUUGGUGUGCGUGCACAAUAAUUACAACCGGAAGUGCUUUGCACGCGUCGUACUUUCAGGACCUGCAAGAAAUCGAAAAUGUACAUAUUUCACAUAAAAUGAUUCAUCGUAUAAAGAGACAAGUCUCGCAAAAAUAUGCAAGGAUUCCGGAUAUCAUAUUGACGGAAAUCAUCGGAGGUAACCGGAAAUCAUUUUUGAAAUUUAGAAGGAAAAGGAAGAGGCCUUUAAGUCCAAUAUAUAUUUUAAAUGAAGAGAAGAGUCGUAUGGGGGAGAAAACAGACACUGUCCAAUGUACACAUUUGUACGAGGAUAUCCAAAACUCGGCGCAUGCGCUUGUAGAUAGAUGUGCAGGAACCAGUCACGUGACUGUGGUUGCUGAAGUUGUUCUGGACAAUCAAAUGUAUAUGAUUCUACCUAAAGAUCUCGAUAAAUCACAUAUCGACACUGGACACGGCCUGUUUAUUGUCAACAUGACUCGAAACUUUUCAAAUGACUACAAGAUACCGGAUCUUAGUCGAGUCAAAGAUAAUUCAAUUCCAAACGUCAAUCAUCGGUUACGGAGGGCGGCUGAUCGAACAUUCGUGGAAUUAAUGCUUGUGGUAGACUAUAGUCUAUACUCAUUUUGGCGAGCACAAACUACCGGUACAGAAGUAGAGCGUGAUGCGGCAGCCCUUGACCUUAUACAGAAAAUGUAUACUUUCCUAGGAAAUGGAAUUCAUUUGCGGUACCAGGGUUUACAGACUACCUAUGGUCUUGAUAUCGACGUGGAGCUAACUGGCAUCUAUGUGCUUCAGACAGCAGAAGAGUCGGCAUUUACACAGAAUGCGGACACAACAUUAUUUUCACGUGGUGUAAUUGACGGAGAGAUCCUCCUCGGCGAGUUUGAAAAAUGGAUUAAAACACAAAAAAUCAGCAAUCGGGACACAUUUAUGAAUAAGGAUCACUACAUGCUUCUCACAGCACGAGAAAUUGCCCUGACCGGAAACGCCGGUGCUGCAGGUUAUGCAUAUACUGGAGAAAUAUGCACUGAUAAGUCUGUAUCAAUCGUAGAAGACAAGGUUAAUUUUAUAUCCGUGGUAACAGCGGCACAUGAACUCGGCCACAGUUUAGGGGGAUUGCACGACAAAGAUGCCGGUGAUCAGAACUGCCAGGAUGAAUACGGAUUCAUACUUUCUUCAAUCAACUCUGUCUAUAUAGACUCGAGGGCGACACAUCCUUGGAAGUUUUCUCCAUGUUCAGCGAACGCAUUCAAAUCAAAGCUGGACGAUCUGAAAGCGUCAGGAAAUAACUGUUUGAAAGAAGACGACACCGAAACGGUUCUUCAACCGACCGGAAGUCCACCGGGUCAGUUAUAUCCGCCUGACAAACAGUGUCAGUUAAUGCUUGACCCGGACUCAGUCAUGUUUCGACAAAGGCAUUCUACUGCAUGGGAGAGGAUAUGUACGGCCAUGGCAUGCACUCAACUUGGAUUUACAAAAGUAACGUAUGUUAUACCUGCAGAUGGUACAACAUGUGGAAAUAAAAAGUGGUGCUGGAAUGGUAAAUGUGUGACGGCAGUGGAGGCCCCCGAAGCAGACGAAUCGUGUUUACACGGAGACCAGACAGGCAAUUUCAUCAGCGGAGCAUCUUGCGCCACAACUCUUGCUGGAGACCAACUUUGGAAAUGUUAUCAGGUGACUAUAGAACAGCCCUGUUGCGCAACGUGUGGUGCUGGCAAAACCGACAUAGAAGGUUGCAAAUACGGUGAUGAAAGCGAUUGCAGUCAAAUUAGUUCUAAGCAGUGCUACGACAAAAACAUACACGAAUCACAAUGCUGCAAAACAUGCCACGAUUUUGCACAGUCAUACGUCAAUCUACCAGCAGAUUGUAAGUACGGGGACAGGAAAGCAGGAUGUGACCGCUCGGACACGACCUGUUCACGUUUCUACACAGAUUGCUGUGCAACAUGUAGUGGAUAUACGCCACCAUCUACCCCACCAACAGAUAAACCUACGACGCCACCAGUGACGUCAGAUAAUCAAAACACACCAGAGAAAACGACACAAGAAGUAACGACGUUGGUAACCCCUUUAGGAAAGAAGGAAGAGGGACUCCCGAGUUGGGUACUUCCGGUUGUGGCCGGGGCAGCAGGGGUUAUCGUUCUUUCCAUUAUAAUCGGGGUCUGUGCAUACUGCAUGAAGCAGAGUCCUAGUAAGAAAUACAAGGGCGAAGGAAAUACAAAUUAUAAUACUGGAAGAUAUCGGCAAAGAGCCUCGGUCGACACAGGGGAUAAACGCAAACGACACCGAUCCGAGGACAACCGACGAACGUCUGACGAGAAAAGAGAUAGGCGGCGUCGAUCAGAAGAUGUUAAGAGGGAAGAUAGAAGAGACAGAAGGAGAAGUUCUGAAGAUAGCAGAGGUGGUCACAGAAAUUACGACAGAAGACCUUCUAACAUAAGUAGCCACAGCAGAUAUUAGACGAAGACAGACUGAAGAAGGCAUUCCAUUUAUAGAAAUAUAGAAAAUGACUUUAUGAAAAAAGAAACGCUCAAUUUUCUUUCAAAUAACAAUGAAUUAAUUAUUUUAUCAUAAAGCAACACGCCUCAAGAUUUAUGCACAUUUUUAUGAAAUUUUUGAAAUUAAAUCAAAUGUAUAAAAUUGUAUAGGAACCGAAGGAAAGCUAUUUACACAUUAUCAAUGACACUUACCACUCACGUUUAUUACAAAAAGAUGUCAAAAUAUGCAAAAAAUGCCCUUACUGCGUUACUAACGCUUUCACAUAAUGAAAGAUUCACCAUUUAUUGCUCAUAACAUGUAAAUUAUAACUUGAUAAUUGAAUCUUUCAACUUUUCCUAAAAUCUUAGUAUGUUUUUUCACAUGUUUGAUUUAUUGACUAUUUUUUCGCUCAUCUGGAGGCAUGCUGCUUUAACCUUGUUUGCGCAUUUCUGCGUAUAGUUGUGUAAUAUAUUAAAAUUCUAUGUUCAACAUGAAAGAAUAAUAUAUAUUCUUUUUCCAC